AUGGAUGAAAAUGGCGCUUCUCAGAUUGUAGGAGCUCUGGAAGCUAUUUAUUCCAUGAAAUCUGAUAAUGCUACCCGUUUAGAAGCCCAGAAGUUUCUGGACGAUGUCAAAAUGCGGGAACAGUCUCCGCUUUGGGGGUAUGAGAUCGCUCUGAACAACCCAGAAAACUCCAUUUUGAAACACUUUGGGCUGGGUUUGCUAGCAUACGCUAUUCAGCGGAAAUGGAGUGAAUAUUCACAGGAAAGGAAGAUCGCAUUACGUAAGUGGGUCGUGGAGCUCAACUGUCGAGUUCAACACACAGACCCUCGCUACAUCAAGGAAAAGCUCGCAUUCUUGUGGGUCGAAAUUGCCAAGCGUGUAUGGGGUGAAGCUCUCAGAGAAGAUGAUCCCACUGAAGCGCAGUUGCAAGAAUCGUGGGUGGAAUUGGACAACAAUCUUACAGAGCUAUGGCACCUUAAUGAGUCCUCUAGAGAGCUUACGCUCAUCAUCUUCAGAACCUUAUUCGAAGACGUGUUUCUUCUUGAGGAUCUGACUGUUCUAAAGAGAGUUUCUGUUAUACAGCCGUUGUGCGUCAUGAUCAUCAGUCCGAUGGACAUAUUUGCCGCAAGGUAUCGAUUCACAGACAAAUGGACCCUGUUCAGAAGCACAGGAAACGGGUGGUUUGAACUCUGGGUCACAGAACUUCGUGGUGCCCUUAGCACAGGCAACACAGUAUACGUUACGAGACUGCUCGAAACUCUGAAAACCUGUCUGAACUGGCCGCUGAGUGAGAUCAUGAUUCGCAAUGAUAUCUGUGGUCUGUUGUUAGACUGUCUCUCUAGCAACAUGCCAAAGGCGCAAUCAAUGGCCCUGGACUCUCUGCAUAUUCUAUUGACUCGGCCCUAUAAUGAUGAUGCGCACUAUCAAACAGUGAUCAACAAGGUUUUCAGAAGUAUGGACCUGCUGAACCACGUGUACGACAAUCUACAGUUCGACCCGCAUAAUAUUGACGAAAUGAAAUACCCAAUUGUUAAGAAAUUUGUCGAUAUGGUCAGCUGCCUCUACACUUGCGUUUUCAAGAUUGACGAGGAUGAAAUAAUCAUACAAAAAUAUCUCAGGCUUGUCUUGAGGACCACUUUCAAUCCCAGUCUGAUCGUAAGUGGCCUAACCCUUGACUUAUGGUGCUCUUGUCUACGAAACGAUGACUUUCUGCCUGCACUAGAGAAAACUAUAAUACCGGAACUUCUACAGUUUUCAGCUGAUGCUUUAAUCUAUUAUGAGCAAAUUGAUGGGCAUGUAUCUAAACAAUUUGCCGACAUCGAUUUUCAGUCCACUUCAGAGUUUCAAUCGUUCUGCUCUACUUAUAGAAAGAGGAUUAGAGACAUAAUUCGACUAAUAUCUUGCGUCCAGCUAGAUUUUGCAUACGACUGGCUCAAUGCAAGACUGAACUCGUUCUUCAGCUCUUCGUUUGGCCAAGAGGUUCUAAGUUCUCAAUUCUUGGAUCACAAGACAGAACCUUAUUUGAGCGCCUUGUCUCAGCUAAUGGUGGUCGAAUGUUUCAUAAAUGGUUGCAUACGGUGGAAAAUCUGGUACCCCGACAGCCCUGCAUACAACGAUAAGUUGAACGACAUUCUGAUAAAAAUUGAAACUCUCUCAGACCAACUCAUCGCUCUCACCUUAAGGGAACCUCUGUUACUGAAGAAACAAAUACAGAACUUUGCUCUUUUCCUAACGAUGCUAAAAGACAAUGUUCUCUUGAAGCUGCUAGAGAAGAUUAUCACUAGCGCCACCUUGGAAUACCCCAAUGUAGACUUGGAUGAGAAAAGCGAACAUUCUGAUGCGAUUCGGGACUUGAGGUAUGCUUGUGGUAUAGAGCUCAACAGGAUGGCUAUUUUAAUGCCCGACUCGCUCAGUAAAAUCUACGAGGAGUUGCAAAAUGUUGUAGCCGGUAUCAUGCCCAAACUCUCUUACCAUGAGAAGAUCUCAUUCAAAUCGUUUUUAUUAAUAAUCGUCUUGAAAUCAUCAUUGGGUGGGAAGGAAGAAAGAUUUACUGCAAUUGUUGACCCUGAGCUAAGCGCUUGGUCUGAUAAAGAAACCGUCGUCGGCUUGACUGACCUUCCAUGGUUCAUGGAGAGAUUGGGUAUAGUUCAGAUCUCAGAGUAUUUUCAAAGAAGAGCUAUCACAGGUGGUGAGGAUUUACUGUCCAUUCCAAUCGAUGAUGAAGGUAAGGAACUCAAAACUCAGCUGUCAAAACGCUGGCAAACGCUGUUCCCCGUAAGAGCUACGAGGAUGUUUGUCCACUAUUCAAUGCAGAGCAUUAAGAGUGAUGCAGAGUUUGAAGAGCUACAGAAGCUUUGGAAGCCAAGAGUGGUUCCUAUACUGCCUUAUAUCAUGCGGUUACUUUAUCAGUUACAAUCAUAUCACGAUCCGGAGAAUUGGAAAGAGCUACCAGUUGUAGUACAGUCAUUCGUUAAGUGCUCUACAGUUGAACGCUUUUGGGAAGCAGGUGCUUCCAACAAGUCGAAGGAUGAGUUUAUCGACGAGCAUAUGAAAGCGAUGCAAACACUGCGAGAUUUUGCUGAUUCGGUUGGCCACAUUGUGAGGUACACUAGGGAAUACGUCUUACUGGUCAUUAGCGCUAUGUCUAGUCUUGGUAGUAUCUUUUAUGAUAUUGACGAACUGCCACAGAUGUUGAUGGACUCGAUUGCGAUCUACAAGCCUUCCAUGGGCGAGUUCAGCUCUGGUGUAUCUACGCAUGGCUGGAAACACAUCAUUAACGUGGCCAUACGCCCACUUUUGAAAAACUGUCCGUCUCAGAGCUCUGAAAAGUUCAUGACUGCCUUUUUGCCGAAGCUCUUUGAUACGUUGGACGUUCUGCUUUGCCAAAAAUGGUCGAUCUACAUGAAUGAUAUAGACGUCAAUCCACCACCAAGGGACGACGAUGAAAUGACUGAAGAAAUUCUUGAAGAAAACUUGUUGAGACAGCUCACCACUGUGGUCGUGAGACUCUUGAUUGACUGUGUUGGACAAGUUGGCACGAACUCUCAAGCCUCUAAGAUGAAAUUGAACUCGCAUCAAAUCGAGAUGAGAAAAAUCAUUUUUGGAAACAGCGAGGUUAUGAGCUCAUUUUUGAGGCUCUUGAACCACUUGAUGUCUUUCAGGGAUAGCAAGUGCUCCUUUAACUCGAUUUUGGUGAUGAAAAGUUGUCUCGUAGACACUUUGAUCAAAAAUGAAGUGAUCGACCAGUUUUAUACAAUGGAAGUGAUGCCCAAUCUGUUAUUGAACGUUCUCGCCCAAAGCGCUUUCAAAGAUUCGCUGUACGAAGGUCUUUACAUUUUUACCGUCAUAUUUUUGACUCUUUGCAAGGAAUACAAGACUUCUCGAGAAUAUCUACGUCAACUAUCGCAUGGCUUUGAUGUGGAGGCCCUUUAUGAGAAUGUUAGGAGUGUCGAAAACUACAAGAAUCAGCGUGCGCUUAUGGUUGAAUUUAUCGACUGGAUCAAGACUGUAAAUGGUCAGGGUCAAGAAGAGCAUGACGAGGACGACAAGAAAAGACAGCAGAAAAGGGAAGCCAUCUUAGAGCGCGCUAACGAAAGGCUUAUCAAGCAAAACAAGGUGCAAAAAGACCUGCUGGAUGAUCCUAAUACCGAGGAUGGAGCAUUUGGUUCGUUAUUUCAAUCCUAA